GGUUAGGGUAUGAAGUCAUGUGACGUGGAGGCAGGCAUCGCUCCAUUUGGAAUGGAUGCAAUUGACAUGUUUCUUAGUUGUUUUGACUAGAUUAGGUGGAUAUUUUACAACAUGGGUUAGGGAAUUAAUUAGCAUGAUUUAAAAGAGUCAACAAUGAUUCCCCCCCCCCCCCCCCCCGUUUCGUAAUUUUGGGGGUUUCAGCGCUUUGUUGAGAAUUGCUGGACUGCUCCAGGGUGAAAGGACACCUGCAUACGAAUGGAGAUGAGUAUCUCAUUGAUAUUUGACUUUGGCACAUAUUUCUUUUGAAUCGGGUGCAUGUUGUAUUUUAGGAUAGGUUGCAUGGAUUGAUUGUUUUUGAAAAUCUAUAACAGACUGUGUCAUCAGAAUCCGAAUCAUCUUGAUUUGCCAUUUGUUGGAGGCGCUCUCGUGCGACAACAGACACGUCCAUUGACAGAGAACGCCUUGGAGACACAAAGACCCACAAAUAUCAACGGUUACCAGUAAUGUGCUAAUGCCGCUCCAGUUUAAAGUUUGUAUUCAUUUAUUUUUGGACAAUUGUGCAAAAAGAUGCAGAGUCCUCUGGCAAUCGGAGCAGUUUUUUGAAAUGACUCAUAGAACAACGACCAUUGUGCAAAUGGUGCAGAGACUGCAAGAAAUGGAUGUAGUGCGAUCAUCUGGGACGGUGUCGAUUGUGCAAAUGUUGCAGAUGCUACUCGGACGCACGAGUGGCCGCUAUUGGACAACAACAGAUGUGCAACUAGUGCAGAGUGGCGAGACGACGACGGAGCUCGAGAAUGCAGUAGCAGUGGAGAACCUGGAACUGCAGGAGCAGCGGUCGGACCGCGAGGAGCUCGAGGAGACGCUGGUCAAAUUGGAGAAACACAAAGAGAAGCUUACGCAGCAAAUUAAAGCCACCAGACAGCUCUGCUACGAAGAGAGUCAACAGAUCCUGUCUCUGCAGGCCGAAGAGGUUAAGCGAGAGAGCCAGGUCGAGGAGUACGAGCGAGAGCUUGCCAGAGCCAGAUGGAGGCUGAGGAAGCUCAAAGAGGAGGUGAAACAGGCCAAGAGGAAGAUGGAGGAGGCCGGAGAGAGGAACUGUCCCCUCCGGGAUUCCAUUCGACAGUCCUAUGACGAGAUCUUGCAGGAAGAGCGCACGCUUUGUUGUGUGUCGGGUGGUGCCGUCACUCCAGAGAGCCAGCUCGAUGGCUCGACCUCCCCUGCGGACACCGCUGAGGAGGAACCGCUUCCAAUGAGGCCGUGGGGGCGGAGCCAAUCGCUGCCUGCAUAUGCUGACCUGAUAAUGGUAGCCAGCAGCGCACCCUUCUGCAAUAAUUUAGCAGAUACCAGAGAAGAGGUAGAUGACAGCAGCAGCAGCUCGCCAAAGAUGGACAGAUCCAACCUCGAAGAUGAUCCAGAGGAGGGUGUCGCCACCAGUGAGGAACAAGGGGGAUUAAAGGAACAGUCCGUUCCAAACAAACUGGACUUCUAUCAAGCUGACCCCUUUGCACACUGUCAGAUAAGCCAUGACCUGUUUCAUGAAGACCUAUUCCCGAAAACAGACUCAUCAGAUGGAUUUACAUCAGAUCCUUUUAAAGGCACUGAUCCCUUUGCUGCGGACAUUUUGUUUCCAGAGGCAAACAUCGGUCGUGACGAAGGAGCAGUAAUUAUCUGCGAUGAGGCCGACGCUAGUCUAUCGUGUGCUGAAAAUAAAGCUUCAACAGGGACGCAGUGUUUUGAGUCGGAGUUUCCGGAUGAAGACAGUGACAUUGAGCUCAGCUAUAGUCAAGAGGAUUUUGACACGAUCCCUGGGGCAGAUGGUAACCAUGGAUUUAAGCCGAUCCAGAGUUCAUCUGAGGAGCUAGGCCCAGAACCCAUUCGAUGCUGGAAUUCCCAGGGUCAGUAUUCUGUAGAAUCAGAUCCCAAUGGGUAUGAACUGGACCUCGGCGCUGUCUCCCUGCCCUCUGACAUCAAGAGCACAGUCUUGGAUCUCUUGCUGGAGAAUUUACCAAUGUGGCAACGACAAAAGUGGAGGAAGCCAAAUCUGUCCCUGAGCUUGGUGAUCAAGCAUUGUUGGUGUCGGACAGAAGAGACCGGAAAAACAACAUUCAUUCCCUUGAUGGUGAUCCUGGAGAAGCAAGUGAUAGGAUGAGCGACAACAACGAGGAUCCAGGAAACGUUUCAACUCGUCAAAACUCUGUAGACUCACAUAACCUCUACACUGAACCUGAGUCCCAACAAACCAACCUGAGCUUUGACUAUGAACCAACAAGUCAGUCUUCGUUUGAUCCAUAUGGCUUUAAACUCAGUCCAGAACAUUCCAGUCACACCCUCUUAGACCCCGAUGAAACUGAGCUGAGCCCAGUACCCAGUGAUCAAGAUCUGGCUUUUGAGCACUCCUCUUCUCAGCCAGACCCACUUAACUUUUAUUCCUAUGAGUAUGAAAUCCCUUCUUCCCAGAUGGUACAGGACUCUGAUCCAUAUGGCUUUAAACUCAGCCUUGAAGAAGAGAAUCAGGAGGUGCCAGAACCUUGUUGCGAUGAUAACAUGGAAAAUAUGGCCCUCGGUAGAUUUGACAAUGAGGACAACGAAGAACCCUUUAACUAUAGCAACCAAGAAGUACCUGAAUUUCUUCCCCAUGAAAACCAAGAAGUGCUUAUUCCUCGUAGCGACAACAACCAAGAACUGCUGGAUGUGUUGAAAAGAAGGAGCCAAGAAGGACUGGAAUUCUCAUCUCUGGUCAACAGUGAAAAUGUAAAGUUAGUAAGCAAGGAAAAUCAAGAAUUCCUGAAUCUUUGUAGUCCUGAAAACCAAGAAAUCGUCGAACACGAUCACUUUGUAAGUGACAAAGAACUUGAACAGUGUAUAAAUGAUAACCAAGAAGUGCUGGAAUUUUGUAGUCAUGGUAAUCUGGAACAACUUGAUUUCACCUGUACAGAGAAUCAGGAAGUUUUGGAAUUAGACAGCUAUGGCAAUCGAGAAGUAGUCGAAAAUCAGCAAGCGCUAGUUUUGGGUAACCACGAAAACCAGGGAAUACUGAAUCCCGAUACUAAUAAAUAUGAGGAAUUGCUAGAUUUGGAUGGCCAUAAUAACCAGGAAGUGCUGGACUUGGUAAAAGAUGAGGUUCACGCUGAAACCAACAACAAUCAGUGCAUCCUGAAAUCAGAGAUUAACAUCAGUCCCACCAAUAACAGCUCAGACAGUGACGUGGCAACAGAAGAACUGCUAGGGUUAGAACCCAGUAGUACGAGUGCUGGAGAUAGCCUCAUGGGGUGCAGCAUCAUGCCCACCAACGAGACUUGCGACAUGUCUAAUGAGCCUACUCGUCACCACCUGCUAGACAGUGAUCCCGGUUCUGUGUUCAGGGACGGUGGAUACAUUGGCUGUCCCGAUGUAGCUGAUGAUCUCGAACCUAUGUUCCACAGACAGGUUAACACUGUGGCAGAGCCAUUGCAGCCUGUCAGACCAGUAAGACCUCCCCGGCCUUCACUCAGGGCAAAGGAGAAGGCGGCGUCCCCAACUCAGGGAAUUGACCUGAAGUGAUCCAUCUAUAAUCAACACUCCUUAUCCCAACAAUGGCUGAAUAAAUCGAAGAGGAGAGAAAUGAGAUGUGAAGCGAUGUAAAAAAGGAACAAGGGAGAUGAGUCUGUCUCCAGUUAUUUGCGGCAAUAACUGUAAACUCACUGCGUCGGGUUUUAUGUUCAGCAGUUAAACGGAACCCUGAAAUAAGAACUAGGAGGGGCCUGGUUCAACAUUGACAACAAAUGUCUCAAUUCACUUGUAAAUUAUUAGUAAUAAUUUCAUGGGGGGCGGCACGGUAGACGACUGGUUACCACAUCUGCCUCACAGUUCUGGGGACCGGGGUUCAAAUCCCGGCCCCGCCUGUGUGGAGUUUGCAUGUUCUCCCCGUGCCUGGGUGGCUUUUCUCCGGGUACUCCGGUUUCCUCCCACGUCCCAAAAAACGUGCACGGUAGGUUAAUUGAAGACUCUAAAUUGCCCGUAGGUGUGAAUGUGAGUGCGAAUGGGUGUCUGUUUCGAUGUGUCCUGCGAUUGGCUGGCGACCAGUUCAGGGUGUACCCCGCCUCUCGCCCGAAGAUAGCUGGGAUAGGCUCCAGCAGCCCGCGACCCGCGUGAGGAGAAGCGGAACAGAAGAAGAAUGAAUGAAUGAAUUUUAUGGGGUCUUCCUAGAUUUUUGAGUAACUACCCUUUUAAACCAACUUUGAAGUUAGUAUUGCUUUUCAUACGAUAUCUGCUGCCAGUACACACUUCCUUCUUUAUUUCCUCGACAGGGCUAAUUGGUCCAACAUGAAAAUAAUCUCCACUAUUUUAGUUAGACUUGACAUUAGAGUCUGUUGAGUAGACGUGUUUCGAGAUGAAACGCACAACAGAUACAGUGGUGUGGAUUUUAUCCCUCUGUGUACACCUAGUUGGUUAGUUAGUUGGUUGGUUGGUUAGUUAGUUAGUUAGUUAGUUAGUUGCGACAAAUGAUUAAGGGACAAAAAAAAUCCUCUUUGACUGACCUGUUUUUUUUGUCCAUUGCAUAUCACAUCAUGGUAAAAACAACAGUGGCAUCUCCUACAUCGAACACAAUCCGUUGCAUAAUGGUUGAUUUCCAAUUACAAAAUGAAAGAAAAAUCUGUGAUAAUCUAUGGAAGUGAAACUGCCUCCAUCAUAAAACUUGUGUACUGCUGACCAUGUUUUAAGUCACAUUUUACUUCAUUAACGGGCAUACAUAAAUAAACAGAGGUUAACCAUUACAUUCGCAAUACCUUGAAACAAUACACACGCAGAGGGUAACAAAAGUUACAGAUGCACCUCACACAUCUAUUUUUUUAACUAUUUACCUACUGUCUACUAACAAGAACUAUCAAUUUGUUUUCACUCACACAAAUGUAAAAUGCAAUGUAAUAUGUUAGCCAAAAAAUAAAACGACCUUUUGAUAACAUGACAACCAUAUGGGUUCAAGCCAGUUAGAGGCUAGCUCGUAAGUAGCAUAAGCAGCUAAUGUUAGCAGUCCUAAGCUUUACUCAGUGCUCCUUCUUGUCAGACCUCACAAACAGUUGCGACUAAAACAAAUCAAGCAAAGCCGGUUGAUACCAGCUGUGUCUUAGCUAUCAAGUAAGCAAGUCUUGUUCUCGCACACCCCAUGUUGGUCUCGUUUAACUGUGGUCUCUCAGAAAAAACAGUACGUGAUUUGAUGCUGGCCGAUUCGAGCUCUACUUUGUGCUAGGUUGGCGACACGCGCCUUGUGCUAACGUCAACAGCUACAAGUUCCCCCCUCAGAUUUUAAGUGUACUUUACCUCAAUUGACAGAUUCACACACAAAAACAUGGUCUGCAGCCAAAGUACUGUACUGUACUGUCCUGUACCGUACUUGCUAUACAUUAACAAAACUCAUCAACAUCAUGUCAGUUUGUGAAUUUUCUGGUUAUACCAUAUAUCGACUUUAAACGUGUCCAAUUACUGUAUGUUAGAACACAAUUGGGAUCAUGCUACGGUCAGUCACAAUUUUAUGAUGAGACUCAUUGAUCUGUCAUAAAUGUAGUCCUUACCAAUGCAACUCAACUAUACCACCACAAGCAUAGUCACUGACUUGACACUGAAGAUACUUUCUUUCCUUAUAACUCUUUAUCCAGGUAUUAUGGUGGGGAGGGGGGAAUAAAGCAAAAGGAUUCUGGUUGUUUUAUUGAACUUCACUCCAUUCUUCCUUAAACCAGGUACUGUAUUCGAUGCUCAAGAGCAAUGUGCUGCGACUAAGGGCCUGAUUUACUGAGAUCCAAACUAGACGGUGCUUUGAACAGAUCGCGUGCGCUGCUGGCCCGCCGUUUCUAUGAGAGGCUUUGCACUUUGGCUGGACAUGCUUUUCACCAAGUAGCAUUUGGGAGAGCACUGCAAUUGCAAAAUAAGUUUGAAGUGAUGGAAUUGGAAGUGUUGGUGUAAAAAAAACAAACAAGUGCCCAUCCUGUGUACCACUGCAUUUAAAAUUUGGGGCAACAGCCGAAAAACUUCUUUGGGAGAGCCCAGUGCCAAUUGUCACAAUGCACUGAAAUGACCCAGCCACGAAGAAAUGCAGCGUGAAAAGCAGUUUUAUUGGAGGUGACUGACUCCAAGUCAGCCCUUAGAUUAUUCAGAUUAUUGUUCCAAAAUUGCAUUGCUGAAUAGACAAUAUGUCGCUAUAAUUUUUGUUUCCGGUAUAAAAUAAUGUUCACAUGAACGGAAAACAUCCGUUCUCCCCUCGCCUCUCCUUUUGCCCGCCUUCCUCGUCACGGUUCCGCUCAACGAUGCCGUUCGCGCCUUCCUUUCAGACGUGGUGCCAACGCGUGAUCUCAGUCCUUCCCCAGUUACCGUAAAUCUCCAGUAAAUGCUCAUACAAUGCGCAAAAUGAACUGUGCAGCAAUUGACCGCGUUUGGCAGACGCAAUCCUGGGUGCGCCCGCUUAGUCGCACAUCUGUUUGACUCAGCAAUGAAGUAUGUGCCUAUUUUUGCUUUUGUAAAUCAGGCCCUAAGUGUUUAUGCAAUGUCCCUGCCUCAUGCAAUGCUAUGAGCGCUAUCUUACCCACUGACAGUGAAUUUGGAGCAUGCCAGUGAGUCAUUUAACCAGUUUUGGUUUUGGACCUACGCUUAAAGAAUUAACAUUGUAUUCAGUGAAACAAUUGUCAUUGCAUAUUUAUGUUGCUACUUGACAUGAUGAAUAUACAUAUAUUCAAUACAGCCAGUAGUCUACCGUUUCAUUGAAGCAUACUUAAAAACAACCACUGGAAAUAUUUGUGUUAACUUGUUUAAGUUUAUGCCUACCUCAUCGCUAUGUUGACAUGACUGCAUGAUAACACCGUCAAUCCUGUGAUAGCGCACAUUCUGUGAUUUUGUGUAAACAUGUAAUCUCAAGUGCAAAAUGCAUGACAUACUGACGUUCUCAUCGCUCAGCAUUUCUCAGAAAAGGAGUCGGAAAUCUUUCACUGAUCAGGAGUGAUGCUGUCCUUAUUAAUGCUUGCUUGUUGUUGUUGUCUAGUUGGGAACAUCGAGGAACAUAUCCUGCUUUUGCUUCUUCCAACUCAAAACCUUUGUUACAAUAUCUGGUGUAAAUUGAUGUGUGUGUGUGUGUGUGUGUGUGUGUGUGUGUGUCGUGUCCACAUUCAACACAUGAUCUAAAACAUCACCGAAAGGUUUCAACUGAGCAGAAAUCAUGUUCUGAUUAAAAUGCAUCUUGAGCUUUU